CAUCUUGCCCAAGCCAUGGCAAAGCUUGGAGCUCUCGCAGUUUUCUCCUCCUCCCUCUUCUUCUUCGUCUUCUUCUUCUUUGCUCUUUCCUUGGCUCGUGAACUCCCUCGAGUUCCUACGCAUCUCUGCAACAACGGCACUGGAGAACCUCAUUCGAAGCUCAAGGGUGAGAGCAAUUACUUUUCACUGAGAAUCUACUACACCAAGGGGCCCUUGACGCUCGAAGUCAAAAACUCGUGGCUCAAUUAUGGGAAAUGGAUCCGUUCCACGAAGGAUUUCACGGAGACUAAAUCUCCCGAUGGUCUCAAAAUGAAGGCGUGGGGCGAGUACCACAUCUAUGCCUCUGGCAGGAGCUGGUCUCCCUCUGGUACGGAUGGCUCCUUUGAUAUUUACGCGAGCGAUGGCCCGAAGGUAGUGUAUGUCUACUGGGACGUUUCUUAUGGUGGAGCGGCGCAAUAUAAGCAAGUGACUCAUGAUAGCCGGUUCAAGGUGACGUCCACAAGGAUUGGAGAAUCUGCUUUGGACGUGACUAUGGUCAUACGAUACAAUGCCACUGAGGCCACUGAGGCCACUGGAGAAGCUAUUGCUUGAAAGUUUAUGUUUAUAUAAUGGCAAACUAAAUAAUUUAAACUAGCAACUCUCAUCCCAA